AAGUUUCGCUUCUGUUCAACCGAUUUGUUGAGGAUUCAGAGCUUCUAACGGAACAUAAACUAACCAUUUACUGUUGUAAUAAUUGCUGAUUGCUCAAAGGAAAAUCUGUGCAUUAGCAUAGCGAAAGAUGAGUGUCGACGCAUACGGUCCAAGCUCGCAAACUUUAACUUUUUUAGACACGGAAGAAGGUGAUCUUCUGGGUGCGGACACGCAGGGUUCCGAGUUUGAUUUCACCGAUUUUACACUCCCGUCUCAAACGCAGGCAUCACAGAGCCAAGCAUCUCAACUCGAUUCACAGACACAGAGCCAAAGUCAGCUAAAUGGCUCAGACUCCAUAUCCCAGAAUGGACCAGUUGAAGAUGGUGUUGCCAUGGCAACCCAGGCUAUGGGGGAGUUGAAUUUUGAAGAAGAUGAGGAAGAGGCCUUUUACAUGAAAGAUCUGCCAACAUAUGCGUGCAGAUACUGUGGAAUCCAUGACCCUGCUUCUGUUGUUAUGUGCAAUAGUACCAAGAAAUGGUUCUGCAAUGGACGAGGCAAUACAUCAGGAAGGAAUUUUUGCGAUUUAAUGGUAUUUGUGUAUUUGAAAGUUGCUGACAUUUGGUUUUUGGCUCGAGAAAAAUUUUCACUGAAUCGCGAAAUUCAUAAAAACUUGUCAGCAUCAAAAUUUUUGAAUUAUUCAGAACAACCUAAAGUGCAGUACCUAGAAAAACUGGGCUGUGAUUGUAUUGUUGCGUCUCACUACGAUGGUAAAACAUUCGUCUCUGGCACUGAAAAAGGUGUCAACUACUUCGCUGAAAUGCAGGAAGUGAAACCAAUGUCAGAACACAUGAGACGAGGUGGGGGAUUCAACAUGAAUGCUUCGCCGAGUGGCACGAAUAAUUCCACCAUGCAGGAAGACGCUGCAGAACAUGAACACAGUAAUUUAGGGAAGAGGAGUGGAGAAAGGAACUCUGAUAGAGGAAUAGAAAAUGGUGAUGGUAGUCAUAGCAACAAAAAAAGGAAAAGCAAUCUUGAAGACGAAGAAGAUGAUGACAUUGAAGAACAGGAUAACUCUUUAAUUAACAAAAAAGAUGAGAAUCCUCUAUUUUCAGGGCAAGAAGUAUACAUUGUUGAUAAGAACCACUUUGUAGUCGGCAUUGGAUCUAUCCUACCUACGCCACACCACAGAAUAUCGCUCAAAAAUGCAAUAGCGCCAGAAGACUUCUUUGACUGAAAAUUAUUCAAAGAAAAAAAACAACGAAAUACUACACAACUGCUCGUGCACACCAAGUGCAAGGAAAACAGAACUGUGAAGGUGGCGUUACUCGCUGACCAUGGAAACAUUUUCUUCUAUUGAAGAAAAAAAGAAACAACUUGUAAUUUUUAUUUAAGAAGAAUUUUACCUGCCAUUAUUUUUUAAUGAUGGACAUUGUUUUGUGUCAGAUUCUAACACACUGUCGCAGAUAAUUACUUAAUUUUUAAAAAAUUCAAUUUUAAUUCAAUAUCUCCUUAUUUUAUCAUGUCUAUAACUAUAUUUAUCAUCUCAUAUCAAAAUCUAGCAGGAUUGGACUCGCUGCUAUAUCCUUAUUGCUGCUGAUGGACAUGUGCAAAAACAGACAGACAGUGCAAAAACUAUUCAAAAGUAAAUUUUAGCGUGUACAUAUUUACAUUUUUUUAAAUAAUUAUUUCAGAGAUUUAUAUUUGACAUUAUUUAACUUCCAUGCAAAACAUAUCUAUUUGUGUUCUUAUGUGUGGUUUUAGCAUUUCUCUUUACCUCCCCAUUGUGUAACCAAUCUUGUCUUGUUGUUAUGGCAACAGCUGAUCUCAUGUUUUGGGAGUAAGGCUCGAUUAUAUUUUCUUACAGCUAUUCAUAUAGCUCUCGUACAUGACCCUUCAAAUCACAUACCCUGGCUCUUUCUGGGGAAAUUGUUGCCCUAUGAAAUGCGUAAUUGUAAUUAGUAAUUUCUAACACUGUCAAGAACUUUAUUUCACUAUUUAUUAGUCCUUGUUCGAACCGAAAAUGAGGAUUUAUGAAUUGGCCUCUGUGCAUACAUUAUCAAAAUCAAGCAUAUCUGGAUCUCAGCUGUUUACAGAUGGAUUUUGUUCAAACUUGGUACACGCAUUGGACAUUAUGGGACCUUAAUGCAUGUCAUUUUGUUCGGAUCUGAUUAAUAAAUGCUCAAUGGUGGCCAUUUUGUUUUAAUUAAUGCAAGAUACAAGAUGACAGAAUGUUGAUCUUUUUUAUGUUAAAAAAUCAUCAUAAUCAAGCAUCAGCUUCUGGAUCCAUAUCUGACAUGUUUAUGUUCAAAAUAUAUUUCUUUAAACAAAACUAUAUAUCUUAAAUUUUAUAACUA